AUGUCUACCUCAGACCUCCAAGAUACAACCAGUCUAGCAGCUGCCGCUGCAGCAUCCGCACCUCAAGAAGUACUUCAGCAAGGCCAGGCAGCGCAGCAACAGUUACAAGCUGCCGCUGCUUCUAGUCCGCAGCCCCCUCAGGUAAAUUCUGCCGGCGAGAACCUACAGUGCCAAUGGCAAGGAUGCGGUGAGCGCUGCUCAUCACCAGAAGCAUUAUACGAGCACGUUUGCGAGCGCCAUGUUGGUCGCAAGUCUACCAACAACCUCAACCUGACCUGUGCCUGGGGUCAGUGCCGAACGACGACGGUCAAGCGCGAUCACAUCACCUCGCAUAUUCGAGUCCACGUCCCUCUCAAGCCUCACAAGUGUGAGUUUUGUGGCAAGGCCUUCAAGCGGCCACAAGACUUGAAGAAACAUGUCAAGACACACGCAGACGAUAGUGUGAUCAUGCGAUCGCCUGAACCAAAUGGUAACUCGCGACAGCCACCCAGCCUGACACAAGGAGGUGACUACCACAGCCCAUACUACUCUCACCUCACUGGAGGCCAAGUCCCUCAGAGCUAUUAUGCACCAGCCAUGCCUCCUCAUGAUGCAUAUGGCCAACACGGUGCCAAUCAAUACUAUCAACCUCCUCCACCGGCAGGACAUCACGCAGGAUACGGCCCUGUGACAUACUAUACCGGCCCUCAGACCACAUAUGACUACGAAACCCGAAAACGUGGCUACGACGCCCUGGAUGCAUUCUUUGGACAGGUCAAGCGACGAGAGUUCAACCCAGUUGACUACGCGGCUGUCACACGACGGCUUUUCGAGCUCCAGGGUCUUCAACUGCCACAAAUCAUCCCGUCGAACCUCGGCGUCCCAGCAUACCAGCCAGUCUCCGCGGUAGGCCACGCUUACGACUCAGCCGACCCCAUUCAAGCAUACAGCCUUCCUCCAAUGGGUAAUGCAAAAACCAGAGAAGAUCUCACUUCCAUCGAUCAGAUCCUCGAACAGAUGCAGGCCACGAUUUACGAGAAUGAUACUCACAUCACUCAAGCCGGUGGUCAUUCAGGAGCAUAUGUUGCAUACAACACACAACGUGCCAGUAACAGCCCACCUAGUGCUCAUCCAUCUUCAGCUGCUAGCCACGCUCACAACCCAAGUGUAUCUGGCUCCAGCAUUACUGAUGCCUCGACACCUGGUCUCACUCCCCCAUCAUCUGCCCAGAGCUACACCUCUGGUCAGUCUCCACUGCCACAACAUAACACUCCAAGCAGUGCUAUAUAUCCUUCACUUCCGACCUCGUCUUCAGAUUAUGCUUCUAUUGCAGCCAAUGCUGCUACUAUUGGUAGCAUGUACGACGAAGACUCACGAAGACGCUUUGGCGGCGGCAUGCUUCAACGAGCAGCCCCAUCACGAAGCGAGGACGGCAUGGACAUUGAGAGAAGUGACGGCUCUGUAACACCACCUGCGUCGGUCAUGAACAAGGGCAAGCAAAGAGAGCUAGGUUCCCCGAGUGCAGGCGUUAUUGACCCUGCUCUGGGAGGUGAGCCUACGACACCAAAGACAGAUGAUGCCGACUCAAGACAGGAAGAGUGGUUACAAAACCUCCGAUUGAUUGAGUGGAUGCGUGAGUACAUCAAGAAGUCUCUCGAAACACCAUCACCAGCAGAGGAGGUCAAGAAAGAAGAAGCCACAGCCGAGCCAGCUGAUACUGUCAUGGGCGAGGCCCCCGACGACUCAGAACAGAGGAAGAAGGAUGAAGAAUAUUUGUAUCCUGUGUUGAAACACGUGGAGCAAGAUGCAUAG